AUGUCUGAUAAUAACGAAACUUCAACUUCAAAAAAAUUAAAGUCCACUAAUUCUGGUGGACGCCAAAAAAAACCUAUUUGGAGAUUUUUUGAACAAGAGGAUGAAUUAGAUAAAGGACAUUAUGUUGCAACAUGUUUAGCAUGUGAUCAAACUUUUCGACCUGAAAAGACUGGAAUAAUGGAAAAACAUAUAAUUAAUUGUUCAAAAGUGGACCAUUCAAUUCGUGAAGCCGUCAUAUAUAUGGUAGAAACACGCGAAAUAUCUUCCCUUAAUGCUACCAAUCCUAAACGUAAAAAAAGUCAAGUUGAGAAUGAACAAACAACUUUAGUCAAAUUUUAUGAAAAUUCAGAAUUAAGUAUUGGUGUAAAAGAAGUACAUUAUCGAAGAAUUCAAAGUGCAGCUGCACGAAUUUGGCAACAAAUGUUAAAAAUUUCUGAUAUUGCUGUUUAUCUUAAAGAAUAUAACCAUUCAAAAAAACAAUCUGCAGAAACUCUUUUAGCACAAAUUGAGGCUAUGUCAAAAAUCCAUUUGUAUUACAUUACUAAUAGUAAAUCUGAAUUAAAUAAUUAUGGUAAAGAUCGAACAACUGAUGAAAUUUAUGCCACUUUAAAUAAUACUCGUCAUCAUAUUGAAGAAUAUGAAAUAGAGAAAUAUAAUGAGAAGCAAAUGGAAGAAAUAAUCAUGACACGUUCACUUGAUGAUGAUGAACAAAUUUCAUUUCAAGAAUUAGAGAUUUCAAAAAUACUUGAUUUGGAAUUAAUGUUUGAGAAUAAGCCAGUAGGAAAUAAACAAAUAGAAAUUGACGAACUUGAUAAAUUUAUUCAAGAAUUGAAUAAGGAAGAAGAUUUUGAUCCAGAUUCAUUAGUUCAAG